AUGGAAUACCCAUGUAUGCAUGAAGUCACACACACACACACACACACCAGUCCAACACACACAACAUAUAUGACACGCGUUUGGCUGCUCUGCGUGACGGGUGGGUUGAGGGGUAGGGAAGUCAUCUGUCGAUUCAUUUAUUGCUAUGCGUACGUGUAUACUUCUUAGGAAGCGACUUCUUGAGAUGGUGGCGUCACGAGAAUAAAGGCCGCCGCACUGGUGGCCGCCCUAUCGUCGACGUCAACGGCUUCAAAGUCAAACGCAAGAAGUGAGACGUAAGCUGAUUCUCUCACUGGUAUGCACGGAGAGCACGACUCGAUAGAGACACGUAUACAUGCAUCCUCGUGCUUUUCUUGUCAGGCGAGACGAUCCGGGGUUGAUUACCUUCCCGGACUACCCGCAUUUGCGCGGCAACGCCCGUGUGGACUUGGCUACGUUCACGCGCGAUGGGAACCAACAUGGAACACUAUCAAAUCCAUUCGAGCGGUCAUCCCUUCACAGCUUCGCCUGCAAGCACGUGAGGAUGCUGUUCAUCAUGUAAGGCAGUCAACUCUUCGACUCGUAUGUGUUUUCCAGAACUCGCUGCUCUUCAAGCCAUGA